AGAUCAAGGUAGUAUUUACGGUUCUCCCGGACCAAGAACUCGCUCUUCAAGGCUCGCCUGGGCCCACCGUCCUCUCCGACCGAGGACUGUGCGAUCUGCUCCGGGCUGCUAGGCCCCAGUUGGGCGUAGUGCUCUAUGAAAUCCCCCAGGUAAUCGCGAAACUCCGCCGCAACUGACAUGGACAGGGUCAGGCGACUUUUGGAGCCCCCGGCCCCCACCUCGGCAAUUUUGAUGAACCUGCCCUUGUUGUUCUGCUUGACAUCCAGGUAGAAGCGCUUGUUCUGGAUGUCCAGGCGCUUGGACGCCAGCUCCUGCGUCUCCUGCUCUCUCUGGAAGGGCUGGUGCCCGCUCCCACCUCCCCCUCCGCGGCUGCUGCCACCGCGCUCGCUCCCACUGUCACCAUCCGCCAUCUUCAGCACCGCCAACCAGCUUCUCCCUCUUGCAGGAGGAAAAGCUGGAAAGGACAGUGGCAAAGCCAAGGCGAAGGCUGUGUCUCGCUCCCAAAGGGCUGGACUCCAGUUCCCGGUGGGUCGUAUCCACAGACAUCUGAAGACCCGAACCACCAGCCACGGCAGAGUGGGAGCCACCGCAGCAGUAUACAGCGCCGCCAUCUUGGAGUACCUCACGGCUGAGGUGUUGGAGUUGGCAGGGAAUGCCUCCAAGGAUCUGAAGGUGAAGCGUAUCACUCCGCGUCACUUACAGUUGGCCAUCCGCGGAGACGAGGAAUUGGACUCACUCAUCAAGGCCACCAUCGCUGGGGGAGGUGUAAUUCCUCACAUCCACAAGUCUCUGAUUGGAAAGAAGGGCCAGCAGAAGACUGCAUAGAGGAAGUGACCUCACACCACCAGGAAUUUUAUUUAUUUAACUAGGCAAGUCCAGAAGGAAAGAGGAGCCAUAUUGAUUUUGUUUUGCAUAUUUGUUUGGGUAAUUUUGUAACCAUUUGUACUGUUUUAAAGGUGAAAGGUGGGGUGUUUAGGGAAGUUUUAAGAUGUUUUUUUCUGACAAGAAACUUGUACAUUUUGUACAUAGACCAACAAAUGCUGAAGUUCUUGUCAUUUUCUGAGAAAGUUUGAGUUGAUUGGAUUUAGCUCCAAAAGUGUUUUAUACUUACAAAGUUUAAAAAUCUUUU